AUGAACAAAAAUGGCAUAGUACGGUUUGUACAGAUCCAACGAGCAGGGCUACGACAAGCACGAUGGUCAAGUUCUUCUGCUGUAAAUACCAACGUUACAUCCGAUAGUAAUAUUGCGAAACAAUUGAAACAAAAGAAUAUAUUGCAACUGCAGAAGAGGAUCGAAAGUAUUCCGAUUGAAAACUAUAGAAACUUUUCAAUUGUAGCUCAUAUUGACCAUGGAAAAUCGACGUUAUCUGACAGACUACUGGAGAUAACAAAUGUCAUCACUAGAGGGAACGGUGGUGAACGAGUUUUGGACAAAUUAGAAGUGGAGAAAGAACGUGGAAUUACAAUCAAGGCUCAGACAUGUUCAAUGUUCUAUACUGAUGAACGAACAGGAAAAGAUUACUUACUGCAUUUGAUCGACACACCAGGACAUGUUGAUUUUAGAGACGAAGUUUCAAGAUCUUACAAAGCCUGUAAUGGAGCAAUAUUGCUGGUCGAUGCUUCGAAGGGAGUACAAUCACAAACUGUUGCUAAUUUUUACUUGGCAUACAGUAUGGGGCUGAAGUUGAUACCGGUUGUAAAUAAAAUUGAUUUGAGUAUAGCCGAUGUCCCGAAAGCUAUUGAACAAAUAGAGAAUACAUUUGAGAUGAAGGAAGAAGACAUUUUAAAAAUCAGUUCAAAAUCGGGACUUAAUGUCAAGGAAGACCUAUUACCUGCAAUAAUAGAUUGGAUUCCAGCACCUUCAAAUAACGUCAAGGACAAACCGUUCAGAGCUCUGCUAGUUGAUUCAUGGUAUGACUCAUAUAUGGGUGUUGUACUAUUGGUACAUGUUGUUGACGGAACAAUUAAGAAAGGAGAUCGUAUCUCAAGUGCAACGACGAAGUCGAAAUAUGAUAUCAAAGAGGUUGGUAUUAUGUAUCCAGAUAGAGUAGCAACUGAGAAAUUAUCCUUUGGGCAAGUUGGGUACAUUGUACCAGGAAUGAAGAAUUCCAAGGAUGCAAAGAUUGGUGAUACAUUUAUGCAAGUUGGGUUUGAAUCACAAACUGAAGUGUUACCUGGAUUUGAUGAAACAAAACCCAUGGUUUUUGUUGGGGCAUUUCCUGCUGAUGGGAUAGAAUUCAAGGCUCUUGAUGACGAUAUCAACAGGCUAGUCCUCAAUGAUAAGUCGGUUUGUAUCGAGAGAGAGACAUCUAAUGCGCUAGGACAAGGUUGGAGAUUAGGAUUUUUAGGAUCAUUACAUGCAUCUGUUUUCACAGAGAGACUAGAAAAAGAGUACGGUACCAAGUUAAUCAUUACUCAGCCCACAGUACCAUAUAUGAUAGAGUAUACUGACGGUACCGUAAAAGAAAUUACCAAUCCUAAUGAAUUUCCAACAUUUCGUAAAAAUGGUAGUAAUCUCAACGUGAAAAAAUUAAAAGAACCGUUUGUUGAAGCCAUCAUAACGUUACCUGACGAAUAUCUAGGAAAUGUAAUUAAGUUAUGCGAUAAUUAUCGUGGCAGGCAACUAGAACUAAAAUAUAUGUCGAUUGGAAUGAACAAUAAACAACAAGUGAUCUUAAAAUAUGAAUUACCAUUGUAUGAAUUAGUUGAUAAUUUUUUUGGUAAAUUAAAAUCGGUCUCACAAGGGUAUGCUACUUUGGAUUAUGAAGUUAGUGGAUUCCGUGAAAGCGAUAUUGUUAAGUUAGAGUUAUUAGUUAACGGAACUACUGUCGACGCACUAACUACCAUCAUGCAUCAAUCGAAAGUAAACAAAGUUGGGUCCGAAUGGGUUAAAGAUUUCAAGAAAUUUGUUAAAUCUCAAUUUUAUGAAAUUGUAAUUCAAGCACGAGUUAAUAAUAGUCGUAUCAUCGCUAGAGAAACAAUCAAAGCACGUAGAAAAGAUGUAUUAGCUAAAUUGCAUGCAAGUGACGUCUCCAGAAGGAAAAAAUUGUUAGUUAAGCAAAAAGAAGGUAAGAAGCUAAUGAAGAUGAGAAGUAUAGGUAAUAUUCAAAUAAAUUCCGAUGCAUAUCAAGAAUUUUUAAGACGUUAA